AAUAGGUACUUCUCGUUGCCUACAAUCACCAGUCGGUAGCUCUCUAGGGUUUAGUCCAAUCCAUCCGACGCACGCUUUCUCCGAAUCGAGAUGCUUUCCUCCGCCAAUUCACUCCCGUCGCCGUCGACUUUUCCCUUGGUCUCCAAUGCCUCAAAUUUCCGCUGCUCAACCAAGAGAUUCCUUCGGAUUAAGGCCUCUUCCGCCGACUCCGAAGAGAGCCGGUCGACGGGGAAGAAUCCGCUGGCAUCUGUCCUGGGCGUCCCGAGGAAGCUGUGGACGCAGUCUCUGCAGCCGCUCGGGGAUUACGGAUUCGGGCAGCGGAGCGUGUGGGAGGGAGGCGUCGGGCUGUUCAUGGUCUCCGGAGCGGCCUUGUUCGCCCUCGCCAUUGUUUGGCUGCGGGGCAUCCAGCUGAGGACGCGGCUGAGGAAGUACCAGGUGGUGUUCCAGUUCUCCCAGGCGUGUGGGAUCUGCGUUGGCACUCCCGUCAGGAUCAGGGGGGUGACUGUGGGCAGCGUGGUGCGUGUAGGUUCUAGCUUGAAGAGCAUUGAUGCUGUCGCGGAGGUUGACGAUGACAAAAUCAUUGUACCUCGAAAUUCAUUGGUUGAGGUGAAUCAGUCUGGUCUUCUUAUGGAGACAUUGAUUGAUAUCACCCCAAGAGAUCCUCUCCCUGAACCUUCUGCAAGUCCACUUGAUCCUAAUUGUGUCCAAGAAGGUCUUAUUGUGUGCAACAGAGAAAGGAUAAAAGGACAACAAGGGGUAAACUUGGAUGCCUUAGUUGGAGUGUUUACUCGUCUUGGAAGAGAAAUGGAUGAGAUUGGAGUGUCCAGAAGUUAUAGAUUGGCUGAAAGGGUUGCGUCGGUUGUUGAAGAUGCGCAGCCCCUCCUUGCAAAGAUUGAAGUUUUGGCUGAAGGUAUUCAACCUUUGCUUGCUGAGGUUCGUGAUAGUACUCUGCUGAAGGAUGUGGAAAUUUUAAUUAAACGUUUAGCUAUGGCAACUGAGGAUUUGAGGAAGGUUCAGUCUGCCAUCAUAACUCCUGACAACACCGAACUAAUUAGGGAAUCUAUUUUAACCCUCAUGUUCACCUUGAAGAAUAUUGAGAGUAUUAGUUCGGACAUCUCUGGAUUCACAGGUGAUGAGCCGACAAGGAAAAAUUUGAAAUUAUUAAUCAGAUCUCUCAGUAGGCUUUUGUGAUCCUCGCUGAAGCCAGAUUCAUGCCAACUCUAAAAUAAACUUCAGCAAGAAGCUGCUCGAAGGAGAAUGGGGUCAACAACUGCACUGCAAUAUUGUCAUGCGAGGCGAAUUAAUGAGCAGUGCUCUCAGUUGCGGAAGAUUGUGGCUAAUGAAAAUAUACAUCUCCAGUUAACCCCUUUAUGAAUCCUUUUGCAUAUUAUUAGUUAAAUUGUUGGUGAGUAGAGAAAAUUUCAAACGAGGUCUGUGUGAUUCUUCCUGAAUUUUAACUUUAUAGUAUUGAAAUAUAGAAAAUAUUUCAUGAGGUUUGCCACAAGUUUUGUUGAUGGUGUUGGCCUGCAAGCUCAAUACAAAUCUGGUAGUCUACAA